CUUAGACAAUAUUAGAAAUGUAACAACUGAGAGUGGAAAGACGAGCGAGGAAAGGGGGAUUCUAAAGAAGACAUCAAAGUCUGCAUUAUUAAGGAGGAUUUGAGGAGACUGCGUCUAUAAUCCAACAUCAGAGGAGGAAUCCAAAUAACUUAUGUUAAUUAGAGAUUUUAACGAAUAUGAUACAAUUCCUGUGGAUCUGGAGAAGCAGCGGAGGAGACUGAUGCUGGCCACUUGAUUUAAACAUUUGUGGAGAUACCCUGUUAAUCAUCCGACACCCCAAAACUGACUCGGAGCUUUUUGCGUCCUCUGAAAAGGAGUUGGCUGUGCUGGUCCAGGGCGCGCUUUACGCGCUGGAGAUAAACGUUCAUGUUUUAUGCGAUGUUUUAGGAGCCUUGCAAUUAUUUAACAAAGUUUGUUUUGAAGGUAUUUCCAUGUAUUUUCUUUGCUGGUUCAGUCGUGUGCAGACUGCAGUGUGAGAUCAGUGCAGUGAAGAGUAAGUGACUGUGAAAAGGCGAGAUCCAUAUCUCCAAAACUACAACCUCCCCAACUUCAAGUCUGGAAUAUAGGAGUAGAUGAAUCUCAGAGGACAGCAGAGGACAAGCACAUAAAGCCUGCAAAAUGUUCAGUCGGGGCUGUGGGUUGGAGUUCCUGCUGGUCUUGUGUGGGCUCGACUUCUCCUGGUCUUGCCCCCUAAACUGCAUCUGCUACACCACCCCCAGCACCGUCUCCUGCCAGGCGCACAAUUUCUCAACGGUCCCUGACGGCAUCCCACCGGAUAGUGAGCGCAUCUUUCUGCAAAACAAUAAAAUCCACCUUUUACGUCCGCAUGAUUUCAACCCCAACACAGUAACUCUUUGGAUUUACUCGAACAACAUCACACGUAUCGAGCCGAAGACUUUCCACGGCUUCACCCAGCUGGAGGAGUUGGACUUGGGGGACAAUAGACAUCUGCGCUCCCUGGACAAGGACACCUUCCACGGGCUGAUUCGGCUCAACGCGCUGCACUUGUACCACUGUGGGCUCAGCUCUCUCCCCAGUAACAUUUUCCGAGGCCUGAGAAACCUGCAGUAUCUGUAUUUGCAGGAUAACCACUUAAAGUUUCUCCCUGAUGAUAUGUUCUCGGACCUCCACAACCUGAGCCAUCUGUUCCUCCACGGGAAUCAUCUGUGGAGUCUAAACCAGAACACCUUCAGGGGGCUGCGGGCUCUGGACCGUCUGCUCCUGCACCAAAACCAGAUUGAGUGGGUUGACCGCUUGGCCUUUCACGACUUAAAACGCCUCACCACCCUCUACCUGUUCAACAACUCUCUGAUACAGCUGUCCGGACAAUGCUUGGACAUGCUUCCUGGCCUGGAAUACCUCCGGCUCAACGACAACCCCUGGUCGUGUGACUGCAAGGCCGUGUCGCUAUGGGAAUGGCUAAAGCGCUUUCGGGGGUCCACGUCCACUGUAGGUUGCCAGGCACCAUCAAACAUGAUUGGGAAAGAUUUAAAAGAACUCCGUAAAGAGGAUUUUCCCAACUGUUCUCCAUCUGAGUCCAGAGCCCAGACCAAUAAUAUGUCUGGAACGGUCAACCCAUUCAUGAAUCGCGGAGUUGUGGGCAGCCCCGGGAAUAACGGCCAUUCACCUCGACCAGGCCGUACACGAAACUGCACGAAACCUCGGAUUCGGGUGAGCAAGGGGAAGGAAGAUAAUGAAGUGCAUCAUUCCAAGGAGGUCAUGGCCGACAAGGAUGAUUCUUCGGAUAUGACAGAAGGAGGAAAACACGAUCACACUCUUCCAGAUGGAACUGUAACACGGAGGAAGCAAAAAUGCACCCUUCGGACCACUGUACGGCCUCCUAGCGGGGUCCUGCAAGCCAACAAUAGGGCGACCUUAACCCAGUCAAUAUUAUAUGUCUACGCCCUUUCAGUUGCUUUGGUAACAACAAGCACUGACUUUGUUCGCUGACCUUCAAAGGAUUUGGGAACUCAGCUAUCACACACAGAGUCAGACCCUGCGCUCCGGCUUCGGCAUACAGGCUUGUGUAACUUCUGUGUGUGUGUGGUUAUGUCUGUAAAUGUCCUGUAGGGGGCAAUGAACAAAAAUAAGAUUCACAGCACAAUGUAAGGGACUAGGGAAGGUCAAGAACAAGCUUGCACUGCCACUAAGCCAGAAUGAUUCAACAUCCAUCUUUGUCAUAGUCCGAAGAAUGGGAAAAAAGUGGUAUAAGUUAAAGUGAAUUGGAGAGAAGGAUGGGUGAGUAAGUUCAACAACAGACAGUGACGGAUUGAAAGUUAAAUGCUAGUUGCCUUUGUGUUUGUUUUUCUAGGUUUGUCCAUGUUUGUUUGAGACUAUCAACUCAGAGCCAAGUCAUAUCAGGAAAAUGUGGCAGCAAUGUCAAUGCAACACAAAUUUUCAUACGCAAGAAUUCUGACGUACGAAUGUGUCCGGUACAAAGGAGGAAUAAUGUUCUCGUUUAUUUUUUUUGGUUUGCGUCAACUAUAAUUGCCAUAUAAUUCAGCUUUCUGCAUUAUUGUGUUCAUUUCCAUUUCGUAUUAUGUGCAUCUUGAUAAUAAGCUGCUAAUUGUUUCGCCAUGACAGCACUGACAUUUUCAUUUGCUCUGAAAAACAAAAACGUCUCUGGGAAUACAAGCUGUGAACAUCAAAGAAUCUGUCUAUAUCUUGUGUCAGAUGUUGUUUGAUUUUUAAGACAAUAAAUGGACCUAAAAGUGGAUGCUGAACGCCACUGCAGGGUGCAACUGGAGCCUUAGUGGUCCCGAGGGUGCAAAUUGGGUGCUUUUCGCAGUGUGGUUGUGCUGGACAGACCCCACUGAAAUCGGGCAUCCAUUCCUCUGAGAAGAACCCAAAAGAACAAUGUGUUAAAAAGAGUUGUGAGAUCAAUAAAACAUUACAGAUAUGACUGGAGCGUGGGGACUCCUGCUGGGACUACUGAGAAUAAACCUCUUUAUAAAAAUGAUGCGAUUUUCCAUGGAUAUUUGUCAUCCAGGACCAAGACAAUCGCGUCGGAUGUAUUGAGGGAGACGCAGUACAAUGCAGACAGGGACACUACAGGAUGUGCUUCUGCAGAUUUUGUGCCUCCCAUAAACUUAAGAAAUGAGAACUUCAGACAUUACAGACGAGAGGACUGUGCAGUGGAUAUAAAUCAUUUACUGUAUACCUAUGAGAAAAACAAUAUUGAUGAUAACAGGGUUUAACUGCUCCUACUGUCCCCAGGAGUCUAUGAUUUUGGAUUAUCUGGUGAUUCGUUAAUUUGCAUAUUUUUCAUAAUAUAUUUUUAGAGCCAUUCUUUGUUAAUGCACAAGCCCCAUACCUCACAUAAUUUCCUUGUUUGUUCAGUUGUAUGCCUUCAGAUUCUUUUGUUGUCACCAAUGAGUUGUUUCUGUAGUUAUCAUCGAAGACCAACAUGACUAAAAUGUUUAUAAAGAUAUUAAAAUCUAUAUCUUCUU